AUGGAGAUCGAUCUGAAGGGAGUGGCGCACAUUGCCACGAAAUACGAAGUCAAACGUGCUAUAGCACAAGUCCUUCAUGGCGACGACUUCCGACGCAGAGAAAUUCCGCGACUAUGGAAUUUCGAUGUCUCUCUGAACCCAGGCCUGACCGAGACGCGGAACGAUGGCUCUGGUAAACUCAUUCUGCCCGAUCACAAGCUUGGACGCAAGUUCUUGGAGUGGGCAAGACAGGACGGUAAUAACAUCCGGGUACACGGUCGCAAGAUACGUUUCUUCAGAAGCGAUCGUAAGCCUCGAGCAGGGGAGCUCCAAAUGCUUCGAAAGGCUCCCUAUCUCGAUCCUGCCAAGGAUGAAGAGCGGGAUCGUAUCUUGCAGGCCCUCGAUUGCGAUCUGCGAGUCAACAAGGUGAACUUUGGGAUAUACUAUUACGAUACAAGUCGACCUGGAGCACCGAAGUCCUUCUCCAAUGAAUGGGAAGGUGACUACAAAAGUCGCAGCUAUGCUGUAAUGCGCGUCGCAUAUGAUCAUAAGGUCAUGCGAAUAAAGCUCGGAGAUCCCAUGACGGAAGAAACAUGCCAUAGAAUUGUCAUCAAGUUUUCUAGCAUCCGAAAGAUUGGCUUCGGUUAUGACGCUGGGUCUCCAUACAUUUGCUUCGAUCUCAUGAUACCGCCAAUUCUUGAGAGAGAACCUUUCAACCGAUUAUUGACCGGCGACGACUUCCGGGACCACAAGAACUUCCGAUAUCGCAUUGGUUUCCUGGACCCAGCGCACGAGCGUAUCUCUCCAUACGCUCAUCAGAUACGGGUAGUCUUAUGUCAAGAUCGAGACCUCGAGAUGUUUAGAGAGCUCUGUCAAGCGGCUGGCCUUCGGCCACCGAUUCCAGCUCAAGUCGAGGCUUCCCGACGCGAGUUCUAUGGCGUCAAGCAACUCAACCGCAUUUACACAUGGUUGAGAGAUAUGGAGUGGACUGUGGCCUUCCAGAUCGAGGCGUUGCUCCACAACGGUCUCGUUAACUCCUAUGAACUCUUACAUGACCUCCAUCAGCCAAUUAGCCUCUUGUACAAGCAGCAAGGGGCGGCCACCGCUCACCACCUCCGGCAAUUUUCAGAAGCUCUGCAAACUCGUGGGUCGCGAGAGACGGCCAUGCAGUGCUUCCAGCGGAUUAACCCUGUCCCCGCUUUCCCUCCCGCUCCUGGCCAGUUCAUGUGCCAUCAUGUCAGCUUUACUCCGACACGGAUAAUCCUGGAAGGCCCAUAUACCGUUCAGUCGAAUCGUGUAAUUCGUCAUUACGAAGGCUUUGAAGAAUAUUUUAUUAGGGUUGACUUCCGCGACGAAGAUCGCCUCCAGUACCGCUGGGACCGUGAAGUCAAAGCGGAGUUCUUUCUGAAGGAGCGUGUUGGUGAGGUGCUCAAAAACGGGUUCACUCUUGCGAGCCGGCAUUUUGAGUUCCUCGCUUACUCGCAAUCAGCACUGCGGGAUCACUCGGUAUGGUUCAUGCAUCCAUUCCAUCAUCCACAAGAGGGAUAUGUGACGGCAGAAGCAAUACGCCAGACCCUUGGCGACUUCACGGGCGUAAUCCGUUGUCCCUCAAAAUAUGCAGCGCGGAUGGCACAAGCGUUCACUGCGACUGAUCCAGCGGUCAAGAUAUUCAGACAUGAGUGGGAAGAGAUCCCUGACUUGGGUAACACUCCCUAUGAAUUCACUGAUGGUGUGGGUACGGUAUCCCGACAAUUAGCUGAUGAAAUCUGGGACAAGUUAUGCGCUGAUCGCAAAAUCUUCGAACCGACUGGUCCGAAACCCACAGCAUUUCAGAUACGAUUCCUGGGAUACAAGGGCAUGGUGGCUCUAGAUGACCAGCUCGAGGGCCGGAAAAUGCGCCUUCGACCCUCGAUGAACAAAUUCAGAGUUCACGAGGAGGACUGUGCAGAAAUCGAGAUCGCUCGGGCAUUUGAAUGCCCCUCAAUCGCAUAUCUCAAUAAGUCCCUGAUUAUGGUCCUAGAGGACCGGGGCGUGCAGAAGGACUCAUUCUUGAAAUUACAGGAGCGGGCGGUAGCAGACGUCAUGACGGCAGGCGAUUCGAUCGCGAGAUUGCGUGACCUACUCGAAGGCAAUGGUUUGGGAAGAGCCCAUCGCCUUUCAAAUGUUCUGCAAGGCCUCUUUGAUCUUGGCUUUGAAUUGAACUCCCAAACACCGGAUCGGAAGAAGAUUGAGAAUCCAUUCUUGAAGCGGAUCGUCAAUUACUCUCGACAUCAUAUUCUCAGGGAUCUCAAACAUGGCGCAAGGAUCCCUAUUCCAGACUCAUGGUGCUUGCCCGGUGUGGCAGACGAAGGGCCUGCUUACGUUGCUUCGGGACAUCAGAACGUAUUCUGCCUCAAACCCGGGACCAUUUACGCAUGUAUUCAGAACAGAGGAGAUGAAGAACCGACGUGGAUCAAGGGUAAUUGCAUCAUCUGGAGAAGUCCAGUUGUACACCCAGGCGAUGUGAUGCGAGUUUACGCUGUCGGCAAACCACCCGAAGAUCAAUUGUGCUUAUUCAGAAACUUGGUAAAUGUGGUGGUCAUGCCUUCUCAAGGUGACAGGUCUAUGGCUUCACAACUGGGUGGAGGCGAUGUGGAUGGAGAUUUGUUCUGCGUAUCCAAAGAUCCAACGCUGCUCCCCGUGUUACAUGUCCUGCCUGCUGCAUACGCCCCCGUAGCGCCUAUGACUAUCGAAGAGGACAGCCGUAUCGAGGAUGUGUGCGACUUCGUAGUCGAGUAUAUUCACUCGGACGUCCUUGGCCUUCUCAGUGAUCGCCAUCUCAUCAUCGCAGAUCAAUCCAAGGAAGGAACUCAGGACGAAAGGUGCCUCCAGUUAGCCGAGCUUUGUAGCCGGGCGGUCGACUAUCCGAAAUCCGGGGUACCUGUUAAUAUCGACAAGUCUCCACGAUUGCUCAUCCCAUACAAACCGGACUGGCACGCUGCGGAGGUGACAGCGCCUAGAAAUACCGAUUACUAUGAAUCAGAUCGCGCGGUCGGGCACCUUUACCGUGCUAUCCCUUUGCACGAGCCUGCCAAGGUUUCCCCGGACGCCCUCACACCGAGGCCGGAGACAGUCGACCCUAUAACAACAGCGCUGACCCCUCUCAUCCAACAUCAUCUCAAGACGUAUAAGGCGCCCGACUUUACAUCUCAGGUUAUAAAUCAGAGCUACAGACGAUACAGGGACGAGUUGCGCUACAUCCGUAUAACGCAUACUCUGUCCAACGAUCCAGAGGUGCGCUUGACGGAAGAGGAGGUCGUCGUGUCCACCAUCCUCGCCAAGUGUUCGCAAAAGCGAUGGAGGAAGGAUCGUAUCCAUCGCAUGAAGGUCCAUGCGAGCACCCUCGUGCAAGAGAUCCAACGGGAGUGGCUCAAGCCCGAGGAGAGGAACUCGUCCGAUGGCCUCCGCCUUGGCCUCUACCUUGCGUGGCAGGCGUGGAAAUAUACCAUCAACAAUGCGGGCAGAGUCGAUAAUGACGCGAUGAACAGCUUCGGUCUGAUAGCACUCGGUGUUAUCUUCGAGGUGCUUGACAAGUUGGAUCCUGAGUGGAGGGUCAACAGGGGAAAGGUUCCCACUCUAAGCCGAAAGACAGGAUGGAUGGUCGACGAAGAUCAGGAAUUUGCACCGCCAGCAGGGAAACCCAAGAAGGGCAAUCAAAAGGGAAGCAAGACCAUUCGACUGAAAGGCCCUAACAAAGCCCGCAAGGAGUGACUAUUGUUAUGGACACUAGGUUAACUGGGAUUCGGUUCUUCUGUUAUCGUGUUUCUGUCUCGCAUACCCCAUGUGUAGUCUUAUGCAGCGUAUAUCUUAGAUAUAUAGCAGUGCAUUCGAACUGUGUACGCAGUACAGCUAACGAGUGAGUUUCUAACUGUC